UAGGUCUGCGCAUUGCGCUUGUCUCUUUCAUCUUUGUUUUUUUGCAGCUUCAUUCUUUCCUCCGUUCACUUUCGCAGCGCUCAAUCUCGAUUUGAGACCGUCAUUGUACUGCCUUUGUACAUUGAGUCUCAAAAAAGAGGUAGAUCGCGAGUAUGGCUCGCUCAACGGCCUCCAUGGCCGUCCUGGCGAAUGCAAUGUUCAACAUCGCAUCCGCCGUCCCAGCGGCGCAUCCAAGAUCUUUUCGUUCACCAGACCCGUUUACGCCCAUAGACGCACAGAAUUGGGUAAAUCCAGACAACAUGACUUGGGAUGACUUUGUCGCGCCUCCAAGCACAAGCUGGAGCGACCCAGCACGCAAAGGAAGAGACCGGAACUUCAACAUCGCCAUGGUGACUAUAGACUAUCCGGACUCUCCCUUUGUAGUCACCCUUCCGGCGAACUCUGAUAUCUUUGGUAACCCGCAGCCGCUUGCCUCGGGACUGAAGAGGGAAGAUGUGCCGAAGUUCUACAAGGAUUUGCUCAAUACGCCGAAUGAUCUGAACGAAGGCCAUACGCUUCAUGAGUACUGGAUGGGUGAUUCGUUCGGAAAAUAUGGUGUCGACCUUACUGUCUUUGGACCAUAUCGAAUGCCGUCCCGCACCUACCAGUAUGGAGUCGACGACGAAGAGGGGGGCUUCAACGAAGGCGCCUGUCCAGAGGGACCACCUUGCUCGGUGGACCUUCGAACAGACGCUCUUGGUGCCUGGCGUGCGGAUGUGGGCAACGCCACAGCAGACUUGUUUGAGCUGGCUUUUAUCCUCUCAGCCGGUCAAGACGAGUCGUCAACAUGGCAAGAGUUUGGAGAAAUGAAGUUUCUCACCAAAGAGGAUAUCCCAGAUGAGUUUGGCCCGCCGGCGAACAGCUCCCUACCCAACUGGGCGGAAACACGAUAUGUUAACUGGACGUCUUGGGCGGCGGCUUCAACUAUCUGGCCCAACGCAGGCGGAGGCUCGUCGACACAGGGUGAAUCAAGUGGCAUGGCUACGUUUGCUCACGAACUGUCCCAUCUUCUUGGAAUCGGUGACAACUACAACAACCCGUACAGCGUGCCUCCGCGUCGUGCGUACACAGGUCCCUUCAGCAUGCUCGAUCGCGGCUCCUUCAACGGUCCGGGUGGUCCUCACACAAGGUGGCAGAUUCCGCCCGUACAAGGCGCUUCCAUGGGCUCACUUCACACCAUGCGCGACAAGCACCAAAUAGCGCUCAUCGACAACACGCCCAUCCUCCAGAUCUCCCGCGCCGGACUUGCUAUAUCCGGGCCUGUCAUCGCCGAGAUAACAGCAAGAUCCGUCGACCCCGGCACCGGGCUCAUGGGCUUCAACGUGACAUUCGGCACCGAAGGCGACUUGUCCCCUGCAUGCAACACGUCCACCGACGCCCUGUGCGACGGCGGCGCCUACGACAACUACAACAUGGAGGUUGUAGACCGCAUGGGCGCCGACUCCUUCUGCCCCGACUCCGGCGUCAUGAUCAGCAAGACGCGCAACAGUGAUCGCCGACAGCCAUUCCAGUGGGUGAUUGACGCGAACCCUCAGGACGCACAUGUCGUUGACUUCUACCUGCCCAACGGCACAGCGAGGUACUGGAGCAUCGGCGACUACAGACAGCUAGUCGACGCGCUGUUCCACGCUGGCACCAACUCCGGGAGCGAGUUUGAACACAUCGACGCACCUAACGGUCUACACCUCUAUGUGCUAGACAUCACCCGCGACGCCGCCGGCAUCCUCAAAUACACAGUCGGUGUGCGCUCCACGCGAGGCACUUCCGCAGCCAAACACGGCGUCAAGCUCUCCGACGCCCACGUCGAAUCCGCCUCCCACACAGCCAGCUACUGCACCUUUGCGCUGAAGAACACGGGCAAAGCUCCCUCGUCCAACAGCACGGCCCACCCGCAAGAUCUCACCGCCUACCUCGGCUCGGAUAUCUACCGUCUGGAGGCUGAGAUCAAGGAUGGUAAGGGGUGGAAGGUUGCGGUGCCGAAUGCGCUGGCCUAUGCCAAGGCUGGAGAGACGACGAGUGUUAGGGUUGCGGUUGGGGCUGGGGUGGGGGCGAGCGAGAAGGUUACGGUUAGGUUGACGGCGACGAGUGAGAGUGAUCCGUCGGUUAAAGAGAGCAAGACUUGUAAGGUUAAGUUGUGAAGGUUGGGGGACCUUCAACUAGACUAGACAAGUAUUGAGAGAUCGGUAUUCGUAACUCUAGACUCUAUGUAUCCGUGUAUAUGCC